AGUCACGUACGUAUACUGUUGCGUUCACUGGUAAACAAGUGUUUAUGCAAUUGUUGUGAACUAUCUUCACGUAGUUAAUCGUGUCUAAAGAGGUCUGUUUUCUAUGCUGAUUUCUCAGCGUUCGGCUGAAGUUGUGUUUGAGCGAUUCAGUAUCCAUCAUGAGUGUGUACAGUAAAGAUCAUUAAUGGGAUUCAGCAGUAUUCUCCGUUGUGUAUAACGUAGGAGAAACGAUCAUAUAUUAUGGCGCUCCUGGGUGGAUGCGUUUAGCAACCGUAAUAGCCCGGUGACCUUUCUGUUCUCAGUCGAUAUGACGGCUCCCGUUAUUGAUCCAUUUUAUACCCAUCUUUACGACACCUGUAAUGAGCGUUUGAAGGCGGUGGAAGCGGCUUUGGCUGAAGUCUCGGCAAAGCAGAAGCAAAGUGAAGACGACGAAACUGCUGCCGGUGAUGUCAGUUCAGCAAAUGUGUCAAACGUGCUGCAGUCCAGUGAAUUUCAACAGGCUGUGGACAGAGCUAUCUCUGCCCGUUUGCAGCAAGAGUUCCAGAUGGCUGCCGGCCCAUCAACACCUCCCGAGACUCAGUCAGCUGCGCCUGUGCUGACGCAAACGUUUGUACGUGGAGGUGCUGCAGGCGCCCGUGGAGGCCGUGUUCGUGGUGGACGUGGUCGUGCCCGUGGGCGUGGCCGUGGUGGCACAAGAAACGGCGGCAAUGGCGAACCCCGCAAACCGGCUGCGACGGUUGAACGGAACCAAGAUGAUAAGUCGCGAUGUGAUUUCUGCUGCUUUGUUUUGCGAAGCGAUGCGAUGUUUCGGUUUUUGCAGUGCUUCAAACUCAAGAAAGGGAGUGUUAUGUGACGUGCAGUCACGUACGUAUACUGUUGCGUUCACUGGUAAACAAGUGUUUAUGCAAUUGUUGUGAACUAUCUUCACGUAGUUAAUCGUGUCUAAAGAGGUCUGUUUUCUAUGCUGAUUUCUCAGCGUUCGGCUGAAGUUGUGUUUGAGCGAUUCAGUAUCCAUCA